AUGAAGGCAAAGCUCAAGGGGGCCGAGACUGGCCACAGUCUGUUGAAGAGAAAGAGUGAGGCCUUGACCAAGCGAUUUAGAGAGAUUACCAGACGCAUCGACGAGGCUAAACGCAAGAUGGGACGUGUAAUGCAGAUUGCGUCCUUUUCCUUGGCUGAAGUUACGUAUGCGGUCGGUGGCGAUAUCGGGUAUCAAAUCCAAGAGUCGGCGAGGUCGGCUCGUUUCCGCGUGCGCACUAAGCAGGAGAACGUGUCCGGUGUUCUUCUGCCGGCAUUUGAGAGCUACGUGACCGAAGGAAACAAUGACUUCGGCCUCACAGGUCUGGGCAAAGGUGGUCAACAAGUUCAACGUUGUCGCGAGACCUACGCCCGUGCUGUGGAGGCUCUGGUCGAGCUCGCUAGUCUUCAGACUGCCUUCGUCAUUCUCGACGAGGUAAUCAAGGUCGUCAACCGACGCGUCAAUGCCAUCGAGCACGUCAUCAUUCCCAGAACAGAGAACACCAUCAAGUACAUCAAUUCCGAAUUGGACGAACUGGACAGAGAAGAGUUUUACAGAUUGAAGAAGGUCGCAAACAAGAAACAAAGAGAUACUGCAGCCGCAGAUGCAGAGAUCAAGGCCAAGAAGGCUGCCAAGGCGGGCCACGAGGCCGGCAAUGCAUCGGGACCGACUGAUCUUCUCGCUGCCGAAGACGACAACGACGUCAUCUUUUAA